AAUUUCUGCAAAGGUUCUUCAUGGCGUCAGCAGCGGCCCCAUCGUUUCGUUCAACUAAAGAGACAACUAAUUACGCCCGGUUAUGCAGGCUUCUGGUGGAUGUCAGUGCAUAUAUCCUGAGAGAGACAUUUGACAAGAAGCGUCCGCCAGGAAACCUUGAUACGGUUUUGUCAAGCCCUCCGGUUCAUGCGGUGCUACAGAUACUCAAAUGUCGUAAAGUGCUGACUACAUCUCAAUGGAGUAAACUAUAUCCUACCAUCAAAUCUUCAGUUUCAUCAAACAAUUUCGAUAUCACUCUUCUUAUGGUUCUGCUGAGGAACAUUUGUAAUCUUGUUCGUCCAGCUACCGGCUGGGAUACACUUCCUCCUGCAACAGACACAACCCUUGAGGCAGAUAUCGUUCGCAUCAAGUGUUACAGAAACACAGUUUAUGGUCAUGCCAGUCAGGCCUCAGUUGAUGACGCAACAUUCAAUCAAUGCUGGCAGGACAUCCAAGAUGCAUUGGUGAGACUGGGAGGAGCUGGUUACCAAAGUGUUAUUGAUGAUCUGAAAAAGGAAUGCAUGGACCCUGAUUUUGUGGAACACUACGGAGAGCUUCUUAAACAGUGGGUGAUGGAUGAAGACAGCAUUAAAGAAAUCCUGGAUAGGAUAGUAGAAGAAGUAAAUAGUUUGAAAGAAUUCUUCAUCAAACCUAAAAAGAAGACAGGACUGGAAGCUGUAGAAGCAUACACAAACGCGUUGAAAAAAUCAAUAAAAACCCAAACGGAGUUCCACAGUGUAGCUUCUCCCACCUCAACUAAGGUAAGAAUAGAUGACACGUACACCAGCCUUCUGAUACAACACGGAAGAAAGCCAGUCGAAGACCCUGAUAUGGGAAGAGGAAAACACCUUCAGCAGUACGGUCAAGUGAGUGGAAAACCAGUCACACACUGUCAAGACAUUUUCAUCUCUGACGCCGAUUGUCAAGACAAAAAGAAUCCCAAAACUGUCCUCGUCACUGGGAAGGCAGGGAUUGGUAAGACACUGUUCUGCCAAAAGUUAAUCCGAGAUUGGGCUGGCAACAAAUUGUUUCAAUCCCAAACAAACCCAGCGCAACUACCUGACUUUAAGUUCGCUUUCUUGUUAACAUUCCGUCAAUUGAAUUUACUUGGGGACGACCCUGUGAGCUUGAAGGAUAUCUUAAUCCGAUCCUCAGUGUUAGAUGACGACUCAAAUAUUGACGACUCUUUAUUUGAGUACAUUUUUCAUCAUUCUGAAGAAGUUUUGAUCAUCAUCGACGGGUAUGACGAAUGUUCAAAGCAAAGUUUUAUUACUAGUGAUCUGGAUGAACAGUAUCCAAAUGGUGCCCAAGAGGAAAUGCCGGUUGCAGCUCUGUGUGCCAAGCUUAUCAAAGGAAAAAUCUUGAAAGAUUCCGUUGUCAUGAUAACCUCAAGAUCCGAUGAAUCUGAUGACAUAAAGGAUAAAAUUGGCUUUGACCGGUGCGUGGAAAUCACAGGAUUUUCUGAGCAAAAUGUGAAGGAAUACAUCGACAAGUAUUUCAAAGAAAACGACGUCAUGAAGAAUGUUGUAAUGGAUCACAUUACCAAGAAUGAAAAUCUUGUCAGCUUUGCCCACAUUCCAGUUCUCUGUUUUCUAAUGUGUUCCUAUUUUGAGUACAUAUUGCAGGAAUCGAUGAAAACUGAUGCUCUCCCGGUGAACACAAGUGACAUUUAUUUUGAAGUGGUUAAUAUGUUUUUUAUUAAGCAUAGCAAAACAAAAGGAACCACACCUGAAGUUACAAUGGACAAAUUGUCAAUUCUGGCUGCUCAAUUGCUCCGAGAGAAGAAGUAUCUUUUCGCCGUCGAAGAUAUGAAGACAUUUACUGAAGAAGAGGUUGAGAACUUACGAGCAAGCGGUCUUCUUCAUUGCGGUCCCAUGUUUAGAAAAUCUUUCUCGGAAAUGACGAAACAUUUCUGUUUCACCCAUCUGACACUCCAGGAAUACUUAGCGGCCCAUUGGUUUGUGAAGCACAAAAAGAUUCCGUCCGGAGAAAAUGCGUCAGCAAUGGUGUUGCAAUUUAUGUCUGGAAUUUUAUCAAAACAAAAAGACAAAGCUUUUAUGCAUAAACUGCUUGAAGGAAUCAGUAAGAGCUCUUCAGCCGAGCGUCCAGCAGGACUAAUAAUUACGAAAUGUCUAGCUGAGUACCAAGACAAAGAAUUUGCAAAAACUGUCGUGAAGAAACUUUCCAAUCAGUUUAGUGAUCGUGAUGGAAAUAUUAAAUUUCAACACUUGACCGAUGUGGACUGCAUUGCUGUAUCUUUUCUGUUAGAUGUCAUAAAUACAUUAAAUGUAGUAGAAACGCCUGAAAGGAGUCAAACAUCUCCCCAACUGUCUCCCAGGCCGUUGGGCAGUCGACGUGGACUCUCUAGGCGUGUCACCCUGAGUGCAGGGGAAACUGCUGGAAGGAGUCAAACAUCUCUUCAAAUGGCUCACAGGCCGUUGGAUAAUCGACGUGGACUCUCCAGGCGUACCACCUUAAGCGAAGGGGAAACUGCCGGAAAGAUUAAAACGUCCCUUUGCCGGCCCUGUUGGGCACAACUGACUCUCUUCAAUUGCCAAAUUACACAAACUGGACUACGACAAAUUUUUAAGGCGCUAAAGAAAUGUUUCUGCACCGUCACUUCACUACUCCUUUCUGUGUGUAUUUUAAACGAAGAAUGUGUUGCAACGAUCGCAGAAUCGUUGCCAAGGACUAAGCUGAUCGAACUGUCUCUGAAAGGAACUCGGAUCACUGAUGCCGGUGUUCUCAGUCUAUGUCGAGUACUACAGACACAAACAUGCAAAAUUACCUCAUUAAAUCUGAGUGGUAAUCAGAUCACCGAUGCCGGCGUUGGUAGUCUAUGUCAAGCAUUACAGACUGCAACAUGCAAAGUAACAACACUAUAUCUGGGCCGUAAUCAGAUCACCGAUGCCGGUGUUGCCAGUUUACGUCAAGCAUUACAGACACCAACAUGUGAAGUUACCUCAUUAAAUCUGAGUAGUAAUCAGAUCACCGACGCCGGCGUUUGUAGUCUUUGUCAAGCAUUACCGAGAGCAACAUGCAAAGUCACAACACUAGAUCUGGGCCGUAAUGAGAUCACCGAUGCCGGUGUUGCCAGUCUAUGUCAAGCAUUACAGACAGCAACAUCCAAAGUCACAACACUAUAA